AUGUGCACUGACUUAUGUGUUUCUAUACCAACAUACCCACAUUAUAAGUGUCUUUGUCCUAAUGGUGCGUCUCUUACAGCAGACAACCAUACAUGUACUGACAAAGCCAACUACACAACAGUACCUUCAUGUGCAGAGCAGCAGUUUCAAUGCGAUAAUGGGAUUUGUAUCGUAAAGAAAUGGGUUUGCGAUGGCGACAAUGACUGUCACGAUAAUAGCGAUGAAAAAAUUGAAAUUUGUGCUAAGAAGAACUGCAGUGAUGGUUGGUUCCUAUGCAGUAACUCGAGUGUUUGUAUUCUAUCACGGUGGGUGUGUGACGGUGAAUCUGACUGCCCUGGAGGAGAAGACGAGACACCUGAGGUCUGUCGGGGCCGGUCGUGCCCCUCCGGGCAGUUUUUGUGCCCCUCGGGUCUUUGUAUCCCUGAUAUAUGGAGGUGUGAUUUGGAUGACGAUUGCCACAACGGGUUUGAUGAAUCCGAUAAUUGCACAUAUGCAAGUUGUCGGACUGGGGUUGAGUUUUCGUGUUUGUCGGGUCGGUGUAUCGCCCUCGAGUGGGCAUGUGAUGGAGAAGACGACUGUGGUGAUGGUUCAGAUGAAGAAGAUUGCUCGGCCACUACUACGCCCUCUACUGCCACCAAGUGUGCUGAGAAUGAGAUGCAGUGUAGUAACGAGACAUCGCUUGCCAGGUGCAUGCCCUCUAGGUGGCGCUGUGAUGGAGACGAAGAUUGUCCCGAUGGAAGCGAUGAAGCUGGCUGUCCACCAUCAAUCCAUAGAUGUGGGUACGGGCUGUACCUUUGUAAUUCCACAAGCAAAUGUAUAUUAGAAGCUUGGGUAUGUGAUGGAGCAGAUGAUUGCUAUGAUGGAUCUGAUGAAGCAAACUGUGAUUGCCCACAAAAUAUAACCAGCAAAUAUCAACAGAUUCGUUGCAUAACUGUCAUUGGCAAAAGUGACUGCGUGAAUAAAUGUGAUCAUAACGUGGAUUGUAUAAGUGGACAAGAUGAACUGAAUUGCAACCACGGGGUAUGUGCCAACUCGGGAUGUAGUCACUCAUGCACGCCGACGAACACAGGGUUUGAAUGCUCGUGUCCGAAAGGAAAGGAGUUGUCAUCAGAUCAUGCCACUUGUCAAGAUAUCGACUAUUGUCGGCACCGUGGCACCUGCGCACACAUAUGCCACACCACGCCACGUGCAUAUCAUUGUUCAUGUCAUAAGAACUGGAAGAUUGAUCAUUAUGAUGUCACCAAGUGUGUUUAUGACAAACCAGCCCCGCCCCCUUUUAUUAUUUUCAGCAACAAAAGAUCAUUAAAAUACAUGGAGUUAAACACAACCAGCAUUCACGAAAACGAGCGAAAGAGAAAAUUUCAAUAUCUGGUUGAAGGAUUCCGUCAAGUACUUGGCCUGGAUUUUCACUACCAUAGGAACCUUAUAUUUUUCACUGACAUCAUUCAAGAUACGAUAACAAGAGCUACAUUAACUUACAACGCAGAAGACAACUCUCUCACAUUAAGUGACCAGCAAGCCAUCAUUACACAAGGCAUAAUGACCCCUGAAGGAAUUGCAGUUGACUGGAUAAAUGACAAAAUAUACUUCGUUGAAUCCACACUAAACCAGAUACAAAUGGCCACCCUAGAAGGAAAUAUGCGAACCGUGGUUGUUGCCGAACAAUUGGUUAACCCAAGGGGUGUAGCGGUUGACCCAAGAUUUGGAUAUCUGUUCUGGACGGACUGGGGAGUUGGAAAUUCUCGGGUCGAGCGUUCAACCCUCGCAGGAGACGAUCGUGUACAAAUAUGGAAAGCUGAUGGAGAUGGUGAUGGGUGGCCUAAUGGACUCACUAUUGAUUAUAUGGAGAACAGAGUUUACUGGGCCGAUGCCAAGUAUGACAUCAUCUGGUCAUCAAAAUACGACGCUUCAGAUCAUGUGAUGGCAGUCCAGCGUGUUGAUUGGUUGACCCACCCCUUUGGGGUCACGACCUUUAAUGACCUCGUCAUCUGGACGGACUGGCGAACCACGGUGAUCGCUAGCGCCAACAAGUGGACAGGGGAAAACUCGACGGUGAUUGAGCUGGGAUAUAAUCCUCCACUUGAUGUGAAGGUUUAUCAUGAGAGUCGACAACCAAUGUUUAUUAAUGAUACUUCACAAGCGCCCAACAACCCCUGUCUGAACCACACAUGCGAAGGGUUGUGCAUUCCUGUGCCAACCGCCACUGCCAACCACUUGACACACAAAUGUUCUUGCCCGCAUUUUUACAAGCUCUCUACAGACGGAGUUUCCUGCGAAAAAAUCCAAAAUUUUCUACUUUUUUCACAUUUUAUUGAGAUUCAAGGCAUGCGAUUGGACAAUUUGAAUUUCAGUGCCAUCCAAGCCCUUUCGUCACCUGACGUUGGUCGAGCCACCCGAUUGGCCCAUGACUGGUCACAUGACCGAAUAUAUUGGCCUGACUCUAAAUCUGAGGAAAUUAAGAGUUCGUUUAUAAAUGGAUCCGAUGUCACAACUGUUGUAGAUACUGACUCAGCAAAUGUAUUUGGAUUAGUAGUUGACCCUCUACAUAAGACUAUAUACUGGACAUCAUACAUUGAACUAAGUUAUGCACCAAACAAGAAGCUGAUAAACUCAUAUGUCAUGGUGGCUUCUUUGGAUGGCAGAUAUAAAUACCAGUUGGGGGGCCCAGGUUGGGAAAACGUGAGUCGACCUAAAUACCUCACAUCCGAUGUCCAACAUGCUAUGCUUUACUUCACCGAUGAUUUUGGAGUAUAUAGUGUUUCUAUGGAUGGCUCGAACCUGCAACAAAUUUCGAAUUUUAAAAAUGCCUCAGACCUACGUUACCAUGACAACACACUCUACUGUGUUCACAACGGUUCAGUCAAAGUCAUAGAAACAACAUUAUGUGGUGGAUUUCGGUGCACUAGAGAUUUACAUAUACCUGCUACUAUGAUUGCAUUGUGGGGUGAAAGAAUGUGGGUUUAUGAUGAUGAUAAAGUUUCCAUAUUUGAAGUUGAAAAUUUCCACUCCGAAAAUCCUCAGCGAAUUUUAAAGCGAAAUCGAACCGGAAAACUUGCGGAUAUUCUUAUUUAUCAUUCUACAGGGAAUAUACAACCACAAAGCAGAGCAUGCACAACUGGUAUGAAUGAAUGCGAACAACUAUGUCUUCCUUCUAAUACAACAACAGAAGUUGUGGCUUCAUGUAAAUGUAGCAUGGGGUAUGAGGUGGAUGCAAACAAUAUUAAACAGUGUAAAGCUAUUGAAGAAUUUAUCCUGUAUGCUACUGAUAGUUCUGUAAGGGGUAUUCACCUAAAUGGAGAAGAAGGUGCAUUAUCUCCUAUUAUGGAUCAAGCACGUCCGGUUGGGGUAGAUUUCUUUGCAAAAAACAACACUAUACUGUGGACGGACUCGUCAGCAGUUGCGAUAAAAGCAUCCACGCGUGACGUGACAUCACAAUGGACAAUAUAUUCUCCUUUUCCGACAACAAGAAACUACUUCUACAACACCAGUGCAGUGAGUUAA